AAUAUAGGUAGGUACAAUAAUAUAAUAUUACAUUCGUAUUUUGUAGUUUGUACCAACAAUAUUAAAAGUAGGAUAUUCAACAUAUUUUAUUAUUUUGUUAUUGUUGACUUCUUCUAAUAAUAUUAUUAAUUAUCAUUUGUCACUAUUGUCUAUAAACCUAAUACCUAUACCUACUGUUUAUUUUGUUGGGUUCGUUUACUCGAGAUGCUACGAUUUGUUUUUGGUUAACACUAAACAGUACUGGUUCGAUAAAAAUGUCUACUUCAGAUGAUAUUGGGUUGCUCUGCCUCGAGACGAUCGACCCGAUGCGAGAUGUACGUGCCGGGCUGGUACGUGAGGUAGGGUCGUUAGCGAUAUGGUCUGUGUCUUCGUGCAAAUCCGGUUUUGGUGUGAAUCAAUUAAGAGAUGACAAUAUAGAAACAUACUGGCAGUCAUGCGGACAACUUCCACAUUUAGUUAAUAUUCAGUUUAGACGUAAAACUAUUGUGAGUGAUGUAUACAUAUAUGUUAACCAUAGACUUGAUGAAAGCUAUACACCAAAUAUCAUAUCAAUUCGUGCAGGUACAAAUUUUAAUGAUUUACAAGAGGUUGAGUUAGUUGAGCUGCUUGAACCAUAUAAUUGGAUAAGAAUAAAGAUCAAAGAUAUCCGUAAUUUAUCAUUAAAAACCUAUUUAUUACAAAUAGCAGUUUUAAAAAAUCAUCAAAAUGGGAAUAACUGUCAUAUUAGACUAAUUAAAAUACAUUCACCUAUUUCUACAAAAGAUUUUCUUCUUGGUAAUUUUAGCACUGUAGAAAUGCGACAAUAUACAACUAUAAAAUAAAGUUUUUACUUAUUAUUCCUAUUAAGUAUAACCUAAAUUGAAUGUCUAAAAUAUGUAAAUAAUAAUUUAAAAACAAUCUUACAUCAGAUUUCAUGAUAAAUAAUAUUGCAAAAAUGUUCUCAUUGCAACAAAAUUUACAAAAUAACUGACAACCUUUAAUCAAGUCUUAAGAUCAAUUAGUGUAGACACCUUACCUAGUAUGCUCUAAAUCAUUAAGCCGAUAAUUUAAAAGUUUUGUAUGAAGGUAUCUUUUCAUCAAUUAUUUAAUGUAGGUAUUAUAGUUAAUUUAAUUAAACGUUUUUGUAUUUAUUUGUAGAUACACACACAUAUAAUAUGAAUGAAAAAACAAUUGUGCUUGUAUUCUGUUACUAAGAUUUCUAUUUUCUAUUGUAAAUAGAAGCGUAUGAGUUUCUCAAGUUUUUUAACAGAUUUUUAAAUGUAUCUUUAAACAUGAUUUUUCUCAUUAUAAUAAGUAUUUUUAUUUUUUUUUUAUAAUCAUUUUUAUACUCAGUUUUAUCAAAUUUCAAACAAAUAAUCUAGUCGUUAUUCAUAUGAAUUGUUUAUAUUUGUAAAAUAAUCAUAAAAUAACUAUUAUUAUUAUUGUUUAUUUCUUCGAAAAGAAAAUGGGACAAUGAACAAGUUUGUAUAAUAUAUAAUAAAAAAUUUUCAAUUUCA